UCUGAGGAGAAUAAACUUUAGUGUUGGGCAUUAAUUAUGCAGUAGUAAUAGGAAAUGGUCUGCAGUACCGGUCAUUAAUUACUUAAUUAUUACAAUCAUAAUUAAGCACUAAGCAAGACGCUAAGCGAGCUUCUCGGAAGCUUCCUCUUGAAGUCCAUUACAAAUCUCCACAACAGUAUUUCUUUGUAACAGUCUUUCCAUUCAAACUACUACACAUAUACUUACACACGAUUGUAUGUAUAUUUGUUAACUGUUUCAACUAACUUCAUUGUUUCAGCUUCUACAGUGGUUCUAUCUUGUAGAUGCUCAACCAUCUUUGAUUUGAAAUUAAUGCGACUCCAUCACCAGAGAUGGGAUCUAUAGAAGAGAAUAUUGACCUCGAAUCUGAUGAGGAAAUUCCAUUCAGCUCUUCUCAAGCGACCGAUAAAUUGCAAAAUUUUCAUUUUGAAACACCUCGCAGUAUAUUAGAACCAAAUAUAUCCAGUUCAUGGGCCUCAAAUAAUUUGGGAAACAGCCUCAUUCGGAGUAUUUAUAUUGUCUUAAUUAAAGCUAAAAUCAAUGUCUUGCUACCUUUUGGCCCACUAGCUAUACUGCUGCACUACCUUACCGGAAAGCAUGGAUGGGUCUUCUUUUUCACUUUACUGGGUAUUACACCUUUAGCUGAGCGUCUGGGUUAUGCAACAGAGCAACUAGCCUUUUUUACAGGACCGACAGUUGGAGGCCUUCUUAAUGCUACAUUUGGUAACGCAACUGAAAUGAUAAUUUCAAUAUAUGCACUGAAGCAUGGGAUGAUUAGAGUUGUUCAACAAUCAUUAUUGGGGUCCAUCUUAUCGAAUAUGCUCUUAGUGCUUGGGUGUGCCUUCUUCACCGGAGGGAUCAUUCAUUACAAAAAAGUUCAAUAUUUUAAUAAAGCAGCUGCCUUGGUGAACUCAGGUUUGUUGUUGAUGGCUGUCAUGGGUUUACUCUUCCCCGCCGUGCUUCACUUCACAGGUACAGAGGUGCAUUUUGGGAAGUCAGAGCUAGCCCUGUCAAGAUUUAGCAGUUGUAUAAUGUUAGUAGCAUAUGCAAGCUAUCUCUUCUUUCAGCUAAAGAGUCAACCAAAUCUCUAUAAUGCGAUCGAUGAUGACAGAGAGUGUGUUGUCGAAGAUUCCGAGGAUGAAGAAGCCCCUGAGAUUACUAUGUGGGAGGCGAUUGGGUGGCUUUUUAUUUUGACUUUAUGGGUGUCCUUAUUGUCUGGGUAUCUUGUUGAUACCAUACAGGGAGCAUCUGACUCAUGGAAUAUGCCUGUAUCUUUUAUUAGUGUCAUCCUGCUUCCUAUUGUGGGAAAUGCUGCAGAACACGCAAGUGCAAUCAUGUUUGCUAUGAAGGACAAACUUGACAUAACACUUGGAGUUGCAAUCGGGUCAUCUACUCAGAUUUCAAUGUUUGUGAUUCCAUUUUGUGUGGUUAUUGGUUGGUUUAUGGGACAGCCCAUGGACUUGAAUUUUCAACUUUUUGAGACUGCUACACUCUUCAUCACGGUGCUAGUUGUGGCAUUUAUGCUUCAGGAUGGGACGUCGAACUAUUUUAAAGGUUUGAUGCUUAUUCUGAGCUAUCUAAUUGUCGCAGCAAGUUUCUUUGUGCAUGUUGACAAGAUAAACGAAGAUGACUAAUACUUAGAGAAGGGUGUGAUGUUCCACUACUAAUUGGAAAGCACAAGUCAGCAAAAUAUGAUGUUGUUCAAAAGUUCAGCCACUGCUUCUUCCGCGGUCACAGUAAGACUGGAUAAUUUUAUUCUUUGGUCAACUGAAGAAUGGUUUUCAUUGUGUCAGAGAAGAAAUGCGAAGUGUGUAUUCAUUUGUCACGGAUCAUCAUCUUGUAUACAACUCACACAUACGAUGUUAUUUAUACAGGCAAUACUGCUCUUUUACCAGA